UCCCCGAACACGGCAGACGAACGAUGUGAGCUGGAAAAAUAUGUGUGGCUUGCAGCGAACCGUCAGACAGCAUCGAAAAUUCGCUGCCGUCGGGUGCGUAUGUUCGAAUCAUAUCUGUUGCGGUGCGCGUUUUCCCACGAAUUGAUGUUGUAAUUGCAAAUACAUAACAUUGCCGAUUGUGUUCUCUGCAGAGCUUUGUCCUCCCUCACCCCGCGAGCAAAUUGUUGCUGUAUUUCGGCUGCUGCCAGUAGUUCUCAGUGCAAGAAGUUUAGGUUCCGGAACCGCCAUAGAAAGCAAACGCGAAACAAGUGUGGAAUGCAGCAGUAGUAGGAAAGAAAGGCGUACGAGCAAAACAAGUUUCUGGAAAGAGUGUUUUUUUCGCUGCUGGAAUUCUACACCACAAUUUCGGGGCGUGUGACAUGUCUGGGAGCGAAAAAAGAAUCGAGUGCGUGUGAAAACCCGUGGAAUUGUAUCGGGUCCAGUGGUUUUAAUUGGUGGAAGUGUUCUGUGGCAGUGAAAAGUGUUUAAAAAUCAAGUUCGAAGCUUUGGUUAGAGAAAAAUUGAGCAUAUUUUUGCGAUCGAGGAACUCAGUUCGGAGGCAGUUUCCUUUUGAUGGCGGCGACGCUGUUGACCGUUUAGUAGCUAGACAUCAGAGAAAUUGAUGAAGCUGUCCACUCUGGGAAAGAACGAGGGUUUAUCGAAAUGGAACCCAAGGCUGUAGACCUGUACGAGUUUCUCGUGGAAUCAGAACUGCAACAAUACUACAAUUCGCUGAAAAAUGACCUCAAGAUCACCACCAUUGCCCACCUCAAGUACGCUACCGACGAGGACCUGCGACAGGUAUGCGGACUCUCGCGGCCCGAGAUUCGCCGACUGCGCAAGUAUUACGAGAAGUAUUAUCCCCACGGAUAUCUGAACAAAAUCAAGCGGCUGCUGCAGGCGCCGAAGAAGGACGAAGGAAACAUCAGUAGUCCAACCUCCAAUGUAGAACCGCUGAAGACGUGCCCCUCCCCGAGCAAGAUUCCAAACAACAAACACAUCAUCCCGGCGGAUGCUAUCACCGUGAACAAGCAGCUCGGUACGGGUGAAUUCGGUAUCGUCCAGCAGGGCGUCUGGACCAAUGGAACCGAGCGUAUUCAAGUUGCGAUCAAAUGUCUCUGUCGAGAGCGGAUGCAGUCGAAUCCGAUGGAGUUUCUGAAAGAGGCUGCCAUUAUGCACUCAAUCGAACACGAAAACAUAGUUAGGUUGUACGGAGUGGUGUUGGAUACCGAGUCGCUGAUGUUGGUGACUGAGCUUGCACAUUUGAGGUCCUUGUUGGAAUGUUUGAAGGAUCCCGGUUUGAGGGUUAGCUUCCUAACGGUUCCCACGUUGUGCGAAUUUGCUGCGCAAAUUUGUAACGGUAUGUUGUAUCUAGAGAACAAACGACUGAUUCAUAGAGAUUUGGCAGCAAGAAAUAUUCUAGUAUUUAGUAAGAACAAGGUGAAAAUAUCGGACUUUGGGCUCUCGCGAGCGCUUGGAGUCGGCAAGGAUUACUAUCAGACUAAUUUUAACGUCAAUCUGAAGCUUCCAAUCGCCUGGUGCGCCCCGGAAUGUAUCAACUUUCUCCGCUUUACAAAUGCCUCGGAUGUUUGGGCGUAUGGAGUCUGCCUGUGGGAAAUUUUUUCGUACGGUUUCCAACCCUGGGCAGCCCUAACCGGACAUCAAAUUUUAGAAGCUAUCGAUGAACCUAACUAUCAACGCUUGGAAAAGCCCGAAUGUUGCCCCAAAGAGUACUACUCGCUUAUGGUCAAGUGUUGGCAACAUGAUGCCGCGAAACGGCCCAAAUUUGUAGAAAUUUAUCAACUACUGCCGGAUAUGAAACCAGAGCAGCUCAAAACUAUUGUUUCAUCCAGUGAAAUGAAGAAAGAUCAUCUGCUAUACCGACAGGGGGAAAUUAUUACCGUACUGGAUAAAAAUGCCAACGCGUCCUAUUGGAAGGGUGUGUUGAAUUCCGGCAAAACUGGUCUGUUCAACCCAGCCAACACUGUCGCCUAUUUGGAUAGUCUUCCGUCCUCGGUUAAUCGAGAUAGUUUCAGCAGAACGGCUGAGCGUACAAGUAAGCGGAAGAUACGUACGGACAUGAUUUCUCGGCCCCAGAAUGAUCUGAAACACACCGGACACGUAGGAAUCGAUGGCGCCUACUUCGGGGAUGUCGCAUUUCUGGCCAGCCCUCAAAAUCUUCCCCGUCAGAUAGUAACGCCGUACAAACCAUCGGAAGAUCUGGAGCAGACACCACUGCUCCUGCCGCCCACCCCGACGAGCCCGGAUUCGAUCCAAACCGCAAGUGGGUACUUCUCGGAGACACUGCAAACAGGUCACCAGAGUUUUGUGAAUGCCGGUGAAAAUGUUGACCGAUCCACGGUCGACAGUGGUUUGGCCAGUGCGUUUGAUUUUCGUAACAGUGGCUUUAAAGAUAGCAACCCGUUUAUUAACGCGGACGUCAAUGGGGACUCGCAUAAUCAAUUUAAGGAUACAAAAACCUCCGACAAUCAGGAAUCGCACGAGUAUCAUGAAAUCUCCGAUGACGACGUCCCUACGGAAAAGGUGUUCGAUCAUGGUACCUCUCUGCUCGACGAGAUGGAGUACAUGUUCAAGUCGAUGACAACUGCCAGCGAGCAACAGCCACCACUCUCGCCGGACGUGGAGAACACCAACAAGCGGAAUGAGCUGACCGAAUUGUCAUCCAAGCUGAACCGCAAAAACAGCUCCAGCUCGGGCACUGUCAGCACUAAAAGCGGAGGAAAAUCCAAAAAGAAAACCAGCACCGUAAAACCAAUCUCGGUGAAGGAUGAGAAACUGUUGAACCAGGCCAUCGAAAUUGCCAAUGAGAUCAGCGCAAAGUUAGUACAUAUCAAGUCAUAUUCGAGUCAACAGACUUCCAGCCCGAAGCGUAAGUUUAGCUUCCGGUUUCCACACAUUCACGGUGUGGUUGGUGGGAGCAGCGGUGGUAGUGGCGGAAGCGGUGGUAGUAGUCAUCACCAUUCUUCCGGAUCAGGAUCGGUGGGUGCCGGAGGUGGAUCUGCUAGCGGUAGCAGGGGAAGUGGCUCAGACAAGGAUCACCUGGCAUCGUCAUCCUCGGGUCACCACCACAACUCGGGCACACUGUCCAGCGCGUACCGGGAGAAACGAAACUUUUCCGAAGAAGCCAAAAAUGUGCCGGAUUUACAUCGCUACCGUUCGCUAACCGGUAUCGAGAGCUAUCGCAGCAACGAUAUCCGCAUUCCGCUGUUCGACAAAGAGAGCUCGGAUUUCUGCUUCGAAAAAAGUCGAGAGCUGUUAAGCAAACCGUUUAGCUUGGACAUAUCGACAGCGACGCUCGACAGUCGUACAUUCGACAAGAAGACGCGCGAUUUAAUUGGCGAAAAUUUGAUGGACAUUGAAAAGACAUUGAACGCGCUAAAUUUGGACUUUUUGGAAACGUAUCAGGAGCUGGAGAAGGCCGAUUCUGCCGAAACACUUCUUGGGGAUAGCUACGGCGGCGGAACACCUUACAGGAAAAGUCCACCGGCUAGCUCGUUGUUCCGGGGCUCGUCACUGGAGGGCAACUCGAAGAUCAAUUCGGUACUAAGUGAGAAGAGUGGAGGAGGAAGUGGCAGCUCGUCUGUGACGGGCAAAAGCCCACCAACUAAAAAGCAAUAUGAGAUGAAUGUAUUCUCUGAACUGAACGGUAGCGCUGGUGCUCGCACACCGAAAGCAAUCCCGAUAAGGGACUUCAAAUUUCGCCAGGCAAUCGAUCCUAGAUGUAAAAGCCGCGCGGAAUAUUACAACAUGAAAAACGAAUAUUUGACGGACUUAACACGAAAGCAACAAAGCCAAGUACUUUCGUCAUCUCUCGCUAAGACAACAAAGUCCAGCAAUCAAUCGAUAAGCAAAUUGUACCAAAUCUUCAACACCCCAAUGCAGAGUAGGAAAUUUGACGAGACCAGUCCCAUAGUCAGUAGCGCCAGUCAAAAUCGUCAGCGUUCGUUAUCGUUUACGGAGAAUUAUGAGCUCAAAUCGCCUUCAUCCAUCGAGACUCAGUUGAUGAACAUUUGUCAACCGAAGGCGAGCAAGCCGUUACAAAGUCAACCGACACCUGUGCCCCGCAAAGUUAUCACCUACAAACCGAAAAGCAUCCGAGCUAGAAAUCUUCGCCGAUUAAGCUAUAAUCCAAUCAACAUGAUUGAUAGUUCGUCUUCCAGUAGUGAGAACGAAAUGGAGCGAAACCACGCCCACUCGGAGUGUGACAUCCGGACGAAGCUGAGCACUCGACGCCGGCGUCAAUAUAUGCAGCGACGAUCGAAUAGCAAUAGCGCAAGUAGCCAGGACAAACUGUACGGCUCUAAUGCCAGCAUAAAAAGUGCCCCUCAGUAUAAUUACAACAGCGAUCGGCAGUUCUACAACUAUCGCUUUAAUUAUACCGACUACGCAGACAAUGACGACGAAGACAACAUUUACGACUUCGGACAAUCGGCUCCGCCGCCGCCACCACCAGCCAAAUAUGCGAACGAUCCGCCAACGUUUACAAACAAACCUCUCGAGCGGGAAUAUCUGUACUCGGAGUUCGAUGUGUCAAAAUUGACCGGCAAAAGUCCAACCACUCAAAGCUACUUCACCGCCCAGCAGCAGCAGCAGCAACCGCAGCCAGCCCCAAAGUCAUCCAGCGCGCUUCCCUCGCAGAUCCCAGGCUCGACGGCAGUGGCAGCGGUAACGGUUCAACCCCAACUGCAAGCACAGCCGCAGCCUGGUUUCCAGUGGCCGGAGAAGAUUCACGGUGCUGUCGUGAAGCACAAUGACAUGCUGUGGCGGCAGAAACAGCUCUACGGUGGUACACUUAAAUCCGGUGGCACCAGUGGUGGUGGGGGCAGUGCUGGCAGCGGUGGAAGCACUCUGCGCAAGAAGGACAGACAAUACUCCAGUGAGACGUCUUCCACGGAAACUGAUUCGGUUAACUUUAGGCACGAGUUUGUUCCGAUGAUGCCGCCCAGUCCGGCCCCAUGAGAAUGCAAAAAAGGUAGUAGGGUUAGAAUCGUUUGAUUGGCACAAAUGUUUGGCCAAUAUUUGGGUUAAGAGUGAAUUGGAAGGAGUAAAUUGCUGUCCUCUCUUUUUGGUUUAUCACCUAGAAUCCAGUGUCCCUUAUCCGUCCAAUGAGAGUUCAAUGUUUUGGAUUAUGAUUUAACUGUGUUAACGGAACUGUCAUUGGCAGAAUAUAAUUGAUACGCGGAAUGCCAAGGCUUCUAAUUAAUUUCGGUCAAAAUUCUGCAGCUGAACAAAACGUUCUGGUUUCUGGAAUAGAUCGAUGGAUUUGGGUAGCUUCGUAGAAGUAACUCAAGUUUUUUUAUCCCAUCUGUUUUAUCUUAUUUUAGGCUCAUUAUUAUUUGAGUUGUGACAGAGCCGAAUAUAUUCGUGUACAUUUUUAUCCUCUCAAUAACACGUUCUAAAUUACACAAUGUGGUCUCUUUCGACAUAAGAAUAUUCCUAUUAUUCCACUGUUCACAGAUGGACCGUACGAAGCGGGACAGUUGAUAUUGUUGUGUUAUUAAUAGCACCAAUAUUACUAAUUCAGCAGAGCGUGUGUAGAUGGAGAGAGGCUGGAUCACCGUUACUUGAUGAGUUUUGCGAGGAUACACACACACAUAGAUGAUCGAUUGAAAGCUGUGAGUUUUGAGCUCACGAUCGUAGUAGAAGUACGUAGUACGUGCGAACACGGAACCGGCCAGCUUACGAAUACCCUCAACUUAACUCAACUGAAGAUAGUUGAUACACGAUUAAUUCUUGUUAUCGUGAGAACAGUGGUGUAGCGUGACCCGGUGGCACCCGGGACGGAUUGCUUGGGUGUCACUCCUUCAAUCACCUCUUGUUUCCAAUAAUGUUGGUAGAAGGGGUGACUACAUCGAGUAUUCAAGUCCUCGACAGAAUCACACAAAACUUCAAUCACCCCAUCGGAAUUCGCAUAAAUUGGUUCCACAGCAUCAUAAUGAGCACUUCAUCGAGUUUGCGACAAACUUUUUAUCGAAAAACUAAUAAACAGCUCUAACAGUUCCAAAAAACGACAUACACUGUUAAAAACCAACAAAAGCAUUUUUUAACUCACAUUUGGCUGGUUCGUCACUUCGCCUCUAUUUUUAGAAGAAUGUCGGGAGUGAGAAUUGAACUCGUGACCUUUACCGUGAGAGGUACGGAUGUUACCUUUGCGCCAGAUCGCCUCCACCCAGCAAAAGAACGUUGUCCAUUUUAGUUUAAAUAAUGGUCUACAUUCGGCUUUUUUAUUUUGCUUUCUCAACAAAACUUGAACUUCUCCAUUUGUUCCUGAUAUGGAAAAAUUUCGAACGGCACUUCAUGAAAUCUAAACAAAUAUUCUACCAGCUCUAGGGAUUUCACCCUAUGGGAUGCCAAUUCAUCUACCUUGUAUCCUCGAAAAACAAGAUUUUGUUUAGUCAGGAACAAUGUUGUAUCGAAUAAUCGAUUUAACAUAUCACACCAUGUAUCGAAACCUGUCGCAAUUUUCGGAGUUUUUUGCGUUACUUGAACAUAGUUAUGUGCGGACCACCAACUGUGAUUGGACUGUGGAGGACUGUGAUUGUUCGAAACACGUUUACAUGUUAAUUUAGUUCUUUCAACUGUUCAGAAAUUCAUAGAUUUUACUAAUUUAAUAUUCCAUAUGGUGGCUUGUUACAUGGAUUGGUAUUCUACAAUCGAGAUGCAAGAAUUGAAGUGAUAAAAAAAUUCUGAUCCAAUGGACAAGUGGAUUUAAAUAAGUUAACACUAUGCCGUCCGCACGAUUCGUAAAAAUAUUCGCUUGGCGCCGGCAGCGCGUAAUUCAGACUACAUACUAGGCUUGUCGCUGGCCAUUGUUGACACUAUCAGAAAAUUUUAAGUUAAUUCUCAUAAGUUAUCAACUCUGUUCUCAUACUAUCAUGAAAUUGCGAAGAUAUACAUACGUAAAUAUUACAAAACUGCUCAUAUUUCCUCCAACAAUAUGUCCAUGCGGGUAAUCAUCGCGAAAAAUUUUCUGCUUUUCGGUCUGUUCUAUUUCAUGAAACAAAAACAUUAAAAAACACUUCUUUGUAAAACAUUUGGCCGAAUAAUUCCAAUAAAAUACAGGCAAACAUUUUUUUUGUGCGGUUUUUAUUUGCACGAAUUUUCUUUGUGUGAUUUUCUGUUCUUGUGCGGUUUUUUGUACGAUUUUAUUUUGUGCGCUAUAUGAAAAGAAGUAUAUUUGACAUAUUUAGGGCAUACAGUAGAACCCCGAUUAUCCGCGGAAUAGUCUGGCUAGCUCACCGCGAAUAAAAAAAAAAUUGCGGAUAACGCAAUAAAGGACUAAAAAUGAGUUCCAAUCACGAAAAAACCAUAUUUCAGUAUGAAAACUAUGUUUAUCAAUACAGAAAUCAUUAAACUAUCCAUCUAGAAGGUCGUGUACACUGGUGGCCAGAUAAUGUGAAAGCCAUGACCAAAACAAAAGUGCAUGAUCCUAUCACUCACUGACAAAUUCUGGGAAGGCUUAUGGAUUUACUAUGGAACUCGCUAUCGCGGAUAAUCGGGGUUUCACUGUAUUUAGUAUUUUUUCGAUGUUUUAAAUGCAUUUCAGUGCGAAUAAAGCAUCUUUGCGUCUAAAUUAUCCACUUCUCAAAUCAUUCCCAUCCUUCUAUCAAAUGCUCUAAGUUGCGCAUGACAUGAUUUCUAAUAGCGGCAAGUUUCGACAUGCAACUAAAAGCAAAACGCAGCCACGCGCAACCGAAAAGGCAAAUUGUCCCAUAGCAAAACAGGGAAACAAAAGGAAAUCGAACGGUGAACGGCGUGGAUUUGAGUUAUUUUCUUGGGGAAACGUUUUUCAUGCGGUCCCUAUCUACCGCACAAUUUUUUUUUUCAAAUUGUGUGCCGAACACGAUUUUUUAAAGCUACUGGUGAUGUUUUGUACGAUUUUUUAUGCGAUUUUUUGUGCGGUCCCUAUCCCCCGCACGAAACACGUUUUGCCUGUAUAUUGAAUUGCAAGAAAUUUUAUUUAAGUUUGGAGAAACAUGAGUUUCGAAAUAUAUAAUUGAAGUUCUUCUUAACAUGUCCGUAUUCCCCCAUCUUCCCUACUUAUAGAAACAUAACACCAAUUGUAAGUGUAAGUGUGUACGUUAUUGUUACCUUAAUGAAAAAUCAUACUAAAGUGCUGUCGCCAGCCACUGAGCGAUACUAUACGCAUGUAACACCUGUGGUGUCGUCGGAAGUGAACCGCUAAUUCGCGUACGUAACCACCAUGGUGUCGUCGGAUGGCAAAGUCUUUAGCGUACCUACGUCCAAAAUCCCGCCAUGGAAAAGUCCACGCAAAAAAAAUAGCCUUGAGUUUUUUUUUUAUUUUGGAUGGAGAAAGGCUGCUGAAUUGAGUAACGUUCCUUCACUAACUGGAGAGUAACGGUUGAGAUUUCAUGAAGUGCCUUUUGCAAUCUUUCGACAACGCUCCAACUGUACACACCGCUACGCACAGUCGACUAAGGCCUACCUGCAUGAGUUAACCAUCUUGCGACGAAAUGUCAGAAAAGGCACCAGAGUGAAUAAAAACAGUAUAGAAAGGAGAAAAUAGAUAAACAAAAGGCAAACGGAUGAAUUGAGUUGGAUAGUUUUUGAAAGU